UGUACAUUUAAUCUCGAAAAUAAUUUUUUCCAUUUGGCUGAUUAAAACGAUGCCGAGAACUAACGGUACGUUGCAGGCAAGAACAUUGUCUUGGAUAGCUAGAUCAAAUGGUUAUGGCUAUGCAGCUUAUUUUACGUUAUUGACUGGAACUGUCGGUAUGUUCAUAAUUAUAGCCAUUGGUGUCGCCUAUUGUCUAUUGAAAGCGGAAAGUAACGAUGAAAAUCCGGAUAAUCGAGUGCUUAUACAAGAGACGUUCGAACAAAUUUAUGAUUUCUUUCGCCGUCGAGCCUAUCAGCAGGCAUUACUUGAAUAUCAAUACAGAUAUGAAUUACAACAACAAAAAGAACAACAAAAAGAACAAUUAAAAGAUGAUCGACGAUUAGACAAACGAAAAAAACGAGCUAAAAAUGCGGAAAUAGAUCGAUGGGUACGGAAACAAAUGGUUGAGGCUAAAAUGGAAUUGACAAUUGAUGAUAAAAAACAGCCAAACAUUCAAAUUCGAAAGCCUCAAUUAGGUAGAUAUGUCCAAAGUUUUAUUGGUGAUGUUGCCUCUACAGCUAUGCGAAGACCACCAAAACGACCUCCCCGUCGAAAGGAAUUACCUGUCAGACCAAUCGAGCAGGUAUCAUCAGUAGAAAGCGAUGAUCAACUAUCGGAUCAAGUAUCGGAUCAAGUAUCUGAUCAAUUAUCUGAUCAAGUAUCGAAUAUGUCAUCUUGUGAUGACAUCGAACAAGGAACGAAGCCUAAAACUGUGGUUCAUUAUUUUUAAAAUAAUUAACAAUUGAAAAAUAAAUUUAUAAUUCAUUUAUUAA